AUGCCGAAAUUUGCGGGCAGCCCGGAAGAGGUGGACGCCCAGCGGGCCCUCCUCACCGCCCAGGAGAAGAAAUCGGCGCUGAUGUGCGAGCUGAAUCGUGUCGACAACUCGUCGCACAUUGAUGGGCCUCGCGGCGGCAUCAGCCUGUCCAACAUCUCCUUCCCACUAUCACGCGAAUUUAUCAACGGCCUGACCGCAUACGGAAAUGACAUCGAUCUCGUCUACCAUUUCAUCGUCAUCAUCAAGUGCGGCGCGACGGUGCUGCACACGAACGUCGUCUCAUCGGAGGACGCCAUGUACUCGAAUGGAAUUGUCGCCUUCCCGAACUGCUUCACCAUCAAGAACCUGCGCCCCGACUUUCUGUGCACCGUGGAGGUGUUCGCUCUGCGCUCGAGAAAAGAGGCCUGCGGUCCCGAAGAGAAAUAUCGCAGCAAGGGCGGCACGUUCAAAGGCUUGCACACCUCCUACAACAAGUCACGAUCUCCCGGGCGCCGCUCUGCCUCAAGAACGGCAAGCCUUCGGACCGUUGAAGCCGGAUUUGAGUCAGUUGGUAGCCUGCAGAUCAACAUCAAAACCGUCGAGCGCAGCAAGUACCGAUUGGAAAACGUGAACCAUCCGGUUCAAGGCGACCUGACGAUGCGUGUCAAGAAAUACGCCAUUGACAAGUGUGACGUGGUGCACCGUGGCUUCCUCUCGCUCCACCAAACGUCGCAAGGGCUUGCCGCGUGGUCGAGGUAUUGGUGCGUGCUCGAAGGCGGCGAGAUGAAGUUCUGGCGCAACCCGGAGGAGGAGAACUCAAAGAAUUGCCGCUGUGUGAUCGACCUGUCGACGUGCAGUGGCGAGGGCGCGGUCCCGGAACCGCAUGGCACCUACCCGUCAUCGUUCCACAUCAAUGUCUGGGUGCCCAAGGAGGGAACGAGCCGCGAGAUGGAGAUACUGCGCGUGCUGAUGGCCGCCGACCACAAGGAGAUGAUGACCGCCUGGAUCACGCUGCUCAACCGUGCCAUCAAGGACCUGCUGAUGUGGAACAGCCAGUCGCGA